ACAAAAACUAAAUUAAAUAAUUAAAAAAAAAGGGGUUAAAACCUCUGUCUGUUUUUUUUUUCUCUCUCUCUCUCUCUCUCUCUCCCUCCACCCCAAUUCCCCUACUUGCUUUGUACCUUGUUCCUCUUUUUUCUUUCCAAACUUAAAAUCUUUACCUUUAACACGCCAACCCCUUUUGUUUUCUCUGCUCAAAUUUGCAUCUUGAAUCUCCUUUCUCACUUCUCAGCAACAUGGUUUCGCUUGGAGCUUCAUGUGUUGUGUGCUGUGUGUUCAUGCUUCAUGUCACUUUCAGUUUCGCUGGGGACAUAGUACACCCUGAUAAUAUUGCUCCUAAGAGGCCUGGUUGUGACAACAACUUUGUUCUGGUUAAAGUUCCAAUUUGGAUUGAUGGUGUGGAAACCUGUGAGUAUGUUGGUGUUGGUGCAAGAUUUGGCCCCACUUUGGAAUCGAAAGAAAAACGUGCUAAUCAUACUAGAGUUGCCAUUGCGGACCCUCCUGAUUGUUGUAGCAAGCCUAAGAAUAAGCUCACUGGUGAAGUCAUUUUGGUGCACCGAGGACAAUGUAGUUUCACAACCAAGGCAAAUAUAGCUGAAGAAGCUGGUGCUUCAGCCAUCCUCAUUAUAAAUUAUCGUACAGAACUUUUCAAGAUGGUUUGUGAAGAGAACGAAACUGAUAUUGACAUUAGAAUACCUGCUGUCAUGCUUCCACAAGAUGCUGGAGAAAACCUGGAAAAUCAUAUACUAAACAAGUCAAUAGUCUCCGUGCAGUUGUACUCUCCACUGCGCCCAAUGGUUGAUGUUGCAGAAGUGUUUUUAUGGCUUAUGGCUGUUGGUACCAUUCUCUGUGCAUCUUAUUGGUCUGCAUGGACUGCCAGAGAGGCUGCUGUUGAGCAGGAGAAGCUACUAAAGGAUGCUUCAGAUGAAUAUGUAAAUACGGAGAAUACUGGUUCCAGUGGUUAUGUGGAAAUCAGUACUGCAGCAGCAAUUUCAUUUGUUGUGAUUGCUUCUUGUUUCUUGGUUAUGCUUUACAAAUUAAUGGCAUCGUGGUUUGUUGAAGUUCUGGUGGUUCUAUUUUGUAUUGGUGGGGUUGAGGGACUACAAACGUGCUUGGUGGCUCUGUUAUCAUGUUUCAGAUGGUUUCAACAUGCUGGACAAUCAUACGUGAAAAUACCUUUCUUUGGUGCUGUAUCAUAUCUUACGCUCGCUGUUACUCCCUUCUGCAUAGUGUUUGCUGUGCUUUGGGGAGUUUAUCGCCGUGUAUCAUUUGCUUGGAUUGGUCAAGACAUUCUUGGUAUCACGUUGAUAAUUACAGUUCUUCAGAUUGUCCGCAUUCCAAAUCUCAAGGUUGGAACUGUUCUUCUCAGUUGUGCCUUUCUAUAUGACAUCUUCUGGGUGUUUGUCUCUAAAUGGUGGUUCCACGAGAGUGUGAUGAUAGUGGUAGCUCGAGGUGAUAGGAGUGGAGAAGAUGGUAUCCCCAUGCUACUCAAGAUACCCCGUUUGUUUGAUCCCUGGGGUGGUUACAGCAUCAUUGGUUUUGGUGACAUCAUCUUACCAGGGCUUCUAGUUGCAUUUUCGUUAAGGUAUGAUUGGUUGGCAAAGAAGAACCUUCGGGAUGGAUACUUCUUGUGGGCAAUGACUGCUUAUGGUUUAGGUCUCCUUAUCACAUAUGUGGCUUUGAACUUGAUGGAUGGGCAUGGUCAACCAGCUUUGCUUUAUAUAGUCCCCUUUACACUUGGAACCUUUUUGUCAUUGGGAAAGAAGAGAGGUGAACUCAGGAUUUUAUGGACAAGAGGGGAACCAAAAAUUACCUGCCCUCACAUCCAAGAGGAUCAAUCAACGAAUCAGUAAUCCUCAGCAGAAUAGUAUCCUAGGUGUUAGUUUACAGGAGACUUAUAGCAAAUCUUAGAAGAUUAUGUAACAUCUGUAACUUUGUCAUAACCAAAUUUCAGCCAAGUGAUAUUUAGCAUGUACUUAAAUCAGCACUACUGAAAACCCCCGCAACAGUUAGAUUUUGGAGGACCUGUGAAACUUUAUUGUAAGAUUCGAUCCUUUUCUGAAAUAGAUGGUAUGAGGUGAGGAGACUGAAGAGAUUUCACUUCCUGGUUCUAGCUCCUGCCUUACAGACACUGUUUUUUAUGCUUAUCUUUAAGGAGUUUGCUUCCAUGAGGGUCCGGCCAAAAUGAUGUCUAUGUCAAGCAGAGAUGAUGAUGCUGAUGAUGAUGAUUAUUUGAUACAUAUAAACUAAUUGUGAAUA